CGAUCACACGCCCCAAAAGGCUCCUGCCUCUCCCUCCAAGGCUCGCAACGCACGCACGCACGGGCAACCAGAGCACCUGCUCCCGCGCCAGUCAUCGCCAUUGCCGAUUGCUGCUGCCAGCUGACGCCGGCGGCCGUCGAAUCGACCAACCAAAGCCAGCCAGGCGCCGCGCCGUCCUGAUAGCCCAAUGUCUCUGCUACCGCUGUUCCUGAGGCCGGCGGCGCGGUUCCUGGGGCCGUUCGUGGCGGGCCGGCCGGCGGAGGCGGCGGCCACGGUGCUGCACCGCGCCGGCAUGCUCCCUAGGAACCGGGCGCUGCGGCGGCUCGUCAGGGACGACCUGCUCGACGCCGGCGGCCACGACUGCAUCGCGCGUCUCGUCGUCAGCGUGUACAAGGAGAUUAAAAGAUGCACAUAUUAUGGAUGGGGUAUCCCCUGGCCGGAGUCUCCAACCACGCCGGUGGCCGAGCCCCCAGCCACUGCCGCGCCCGAGCCCGCUGCAGCCGAGCCACCGCCACCUACAGAAGCUGUGCCAUCACCACCCUCAGCCGCGCACUCACCCGCCCCCCUGGCCCAAGCCCACCGCAGCUCCGCCAUCACUAUCGGUCACCAACGCUGGAUCCACAGCCGCGCCUUGGCCGUCUUCCGCGGCCGUCUCCAUCCACUGCACCGCCUCCAUCCAUAUCCCUAAGCCGCCGCCGCUAGGGCUGGGGAGAAAGGGGAUGAGAAGAGAGCGUCAGGUCGGGACUCGGUAGAGAAGAUAGGCCUUUGUCUUUCUUUUUUCUCAAGUUUAAUUGUUUAUUAUGAACACGGGCAAUUUCGUCCAACUGCAAAGAACUGACAUUGGUCAAUGCAGAUUUUAACGGUGUCUCCUAACA